CUGCACCAUCUUCGGCCGCAUGGUGUCGUUCUCCAGGGGGUCAGGGGUCAGAGCGGCGCCAUGACGGAGCAGAGCGGCGCGACCGAAGAUCCAUUUGGGAGGACUGACUCCUCGUUCAGCGAUAAUGGUUUUGAUUCUGGGUUCUUUGCUGACAAUACUAGAAAAGGAAGUGUAGUGUCAAGAGCAAAUAGUAUAACAUCAAACACAGGCUCCACCAGUGCCUCCUCUGUACCUAACACAGCCGAUUGCAUGACAGACAAUGAUUGUUCUCCAACUGCAGAUGAUGAAGAUAGUGAUUACAGGCAGGAAAUUGCCUAUAAAGAAACUUAUAAAGACAGACGGAGACAGGCUCAUACGCAGGCUGAACAAAAGAGACGGGAUGCCAUCAAGAAAGGAUAUGAUGAAUUACAGUCAAUCGUCCCUACGUGCCAACAGCAAGAUUUCUUAAUUGGAUCCCAGAAGCUGAGUAAAGCCACAGUUCUUCAGAAAACUAUUGAUUAUAUUCAGUUUCUGCAUAAGGAGAAGAAGAAGCAAGAGGAAGAACUCUCCACUUUGCGCAAAGAUGUCAUGGCUCUAAAGAUUAUGAAGGCGAAUUAUGAAGCGAUUGUAAAAGCCCAUCGGAGUAAUCCUCACCAAGGCAAGGAUCAGGUGACUGAUCAAGUCAAGUUCAGUAUAUUUCAGAGCAUCAUGGACUCCCUGUUUCAGACCUUCAAUGCCUGCAUCUCUGUGACCAGCUUCCAGGAGUUGUCAGCUUGCGUCUUCAGCUGGAUUGAGGAACACUGCAAACCACAGGAUGGGAGUAGGCCUCCCUGUACUGGGCUGAAGUUGCUUACCUGCAUUGACUUUUGCCAAAAUAUAUUUCACAAUGCCUGCAUCUCUGUGACCAGCUUCCAGGAGUUGUCAGCUUGCGUCUUCAACUGGAUUGAGGAACACUGCAAACCACAGAUACUGCGGGAGAUCGUGGUUGGGAUACUGCAGCAGUUAAACAGUCAGCUGCAAUGAGUUGCCAGAUGUUUAUCAUUGCUGAACUGAGAGCAGAAUUAUAUUCUGAAAUUUCCAGAAAUAUGAAAUGAGCUCUGAUAUCAGUGAAAAAUUAAUAUUGAAGCAAAUGGCUGAAAGAAUUUGCACUUUUUAUUCUAAUUAAAGAUGUGAAUUCACGUUGACACUUUGAAAAUGUUCAGAAAAACAAAUAGGUUCAUUAUAAGGCCAUGUGAGGGACUUGUGACAUAAAUAGUAGUGUCCCUGUCUCUUGACUAGUAGGUUCAUGUUCAAGUUUUACCUAACCUGGAGAUAUCUCAUGAAAAAAAAAAUUGUUAUAAGAUGUUUAGGCAUUGUGCCUUUGAGAGUGCUCUGCCAUUUAAUAAGAUUAAGGCUGAUCAUCUGUCUCAGCUCCACUUUUCCACCCUGUCCUCCUGUAUCCUGAUUUCCUUAGAAUCCAAAAAUUAAGCAAUCACAGACUUAAAUGCCCUCAACAACUGAGCAUUCAGAACACUGUCAGCUUGAGAAUUUCAAAUAUUCACAACCCUUUGAAUGAAGAAGUUUCUUAACUCAGUCCAAAAAAGCUGCUCCCCAUCUGACACACUUCAGCCCACAGAAACCGCCUCAGCACUUAACUAGGUCAAACCCUGUAGCAAUCUCAUGUUUCAGUGAGAUUGUUUCUCAUUUUUAUGAACUCCAGAUUACUGUAUAUUGUUCUGAUCCCCAAAGAGAUUGUUAAUUUUAAAGAAAAAUAAUUUCUGUGACACCAGUGAAAAGAACGGGCAAGAUUUCACUUUACAAAACAUUAGCAAACCAGCUAUAAUUAGCAUAUUCCAAACAUUCGUUGGCAGGUAAAAGACAUUUCAAAUAAGAAAUGGAAGUUAAUUUUAAAUAUUUUAUACUGUGUGCAAUCUCUUUUUCAAAUACGACUUCCAUUUUGUAGGUUUUCUUAUUUCUCACCCAAUUAUUAUGGCUAUUGAGUUACAUUUGCUAGCAAUCUUUUUCUGUUUGAAGCCCCAUUACAGACGCAGUUGCAACAGCAGAGACCAUUGCUUAUGGUCAGUUGUUCCAGGCAAGACAUCUUGGGGUUUGCUAGCACUUGAUCGACAUGUCUGUUUGUGUGUACACCCCUGUUUUAGUUUAAAAUUAUCUUUGUUCUGCCCAAUGAUGUGAUGUUUUUGGUUGGAAUCUUUCAGUCUUUAUAGCUCCAUUUUCUUACCACUUAGUUUUGAGCCCAAGAGGUUGGUUCACCUCACAUCAGGCUUCAUUUUAAUGCAAGUGUAAGUUCAAGACAUAUUAAAAGACAAGAAGAUGUUACAUUAUAGCUUGACAGAAAUUCACAAAUGUCAAAAUGCCUGCCAAAUGGUAAGGUGGGCUCCGGCAAUGCAGCAGUAAUGAGUUUGGCCAAUCCAUAAUCCCUGAUCUAUCCUUUUAAGUGUUAUAUCCUUUCCAAUUGUAUAACAUAAAAAGUAACAUAGCAACUGUAUUCUUAGAGUCUUACUUCAUCAACUGGAGAUGUUCUAAAAUUGCCAAACAGAAAACUGCGAUGAAAGUUUAAUAUAUUAUUAUUUGGGAACUUGGUUCUAAAGUAAAGAUAAAAUGAAAUUUUUGAUUUUAUUGAUGUGAAGGUCUGAUCUUAAGAAAGAAGCAAAAAUCAUAUGGAAUAAUGAGUUGAAGGCUUUGCUAAUAAAUGAUGUGACUUACGAUAAAUGAUGAGAUAAGUUACUAAGUUAGAUCAUUGCUAGGUGUUUUCUUUGUGAAGCGCCUCUCAUCUAUAAAGGCUGGUUCUCAGAAGCCACAAUGAGGUUGAGCUUGGAAGAACAGAUUAGUUUGUGGAAGUCUUCAAGCCAGAGCUGGAGAGUCUUAAGCUGAUUUAACAGCCUCAAAUUAGGCAAAGUGAAGAGAAAAGUCAGUUUGUUUGCCUUUGUGUUUUGUGGAAAGCCAAACAGAAUUAAUCCUAGUGAAUAUGCAGAAAAUCACUGAAAGGAAACUUGUCAGAAACUUUAAAAUGAAGGUGGGAGUGAUACUUAACAGGACUUGAGUAAAUUUAAAAAUAUUGCUUGGAUAAAGGGUUGAAUCUUUCUUAUUAUCAUUUCUGACAUUUUUCAAAAUUCUCUUUUUCUUUUGUGUAAUAAAUGUAUGCUCUUUUAUUUAAAGUACA